AUGAAGGAACGGCUCGUUUCGAUUAUUACGCAGAAUUCUGCGCUUCAGCUUGCGGUGAAAGACUUUUUGCAACGGUACUCGUUAGACAGCAAAGACCUGGAUAGAAUCUCCAUCGUCAGCUCCGCUUCCUCUAGUGGUUCUUCGACUCUCGAGUCACCAGAAGAUGUCUAUUUUUCGUGUAGAACAUUUUCGAUUCUUUCUGACGAUAGUUUCCUGUCGGCGCUGGAAGACAUAGUGCCACCUGUGCAAGAUUUGGCCAUCGAAAUUCGUGAACCUGUGAAGCUCAACGCAUCCGAUUUGUGUCUGUAUUAUGCGGCGAUGAAAGCUGUCUCUUUUGGCCUCGUUGGUUGCAGGAUUAUAAGGUCAGAAGCAAUGAACUGCCAUUCAGACGAAGAGUUUUUGGCCAAGGUAUUCUGUAUACGGAGCGCUUCAAACGACCCAACGAUGUUUCAACACAUGUAUGACCGUCUUUUGGACUACGUGCAAGAUCCGGAAAACUGGCGAGGCAUCGAGAACGAACUUAAGGGCCGAAAGGUGCAAGAACUAAAUUUCUACGAUGUGCUCAUGGAUUUCGUGCUUAUGGACGCAUUCGACGAUCUUGCACAUCCGCCGGCGUCAGUACUCGCUGUUGCGCAGAACCGGUUUCUUACCGCUAGCUUUAAAGAAUCAGUGCGCGAUGGCUUCUUGAGCCACUAUUACGAUGUUUGCGAACAGGUCAGCCCAACAUUCGCUUGGGGAUUUCUGGGAACCGAUGAAAGACUUCGGCAAUUGUUUUACUAUUUCAAGAGUCAAGUGUACAAUUUUCUGUUGGACAUAUUUAACUUUGAAAAAGUGCGCUACACCACUGCCAAAGAUUUGGCCGAAGACAUUUGGAACAACUUCAAGUACCGUGUGGAAAUGACUCAUAGCAAACUGAUGGACAAUGAUAUCGUGGUAGAAUAA